AUGUCUUCCACAAAGCCUACUGCUCGAGGCAUGACCUCCGAGACUGCAGGCAAGGCCCAGAAGCGCAAGGUCAUGGACGUCGAAUCGAGCGACGAGUCAGCCCAUACUGUUCAUUUCGACGAGCAGCCUAUUCGGGAGGCCGCCAAACCUGCAACGACGCCAGCCACUGCCAAAGUCCCAGCGCUUAAGUCUGCUACUCCUGCUUCUGCAGCUGUUAAGUCCAAGAUCACCACUACCCCUGCUGCCACGCCUCCUGCUGCGUCUAGGAAGGUCAAGUCAGACUCUACUGAAGUCGAAGUCAUCGACACUCCCCUCAGUCCUCCAGUCAAGCGCCAGAGGCAGACCAAGAAGACUAUUGCUGAGGCCAAUGUCCCAAGCGCUGCUUCUAUGAAGAAGAAAGAGAAGCCCGCCCCACCCUGCCCAGUCUCCGUCGGCGACAUGGGCUUCCAUAAGUCCCUCAACGUGGUCAACAAUAAGCCCAUGUCCGACAAGAAGAUCCUCGUCCGCGUCAUGGAAGUCGAAUGGGACUCAGGCAGUGGCAAAUGGUGCGUUCUUCUGGAGAACCGUGGCGACAUUCUCCCGCGCGAGGCUGCAUGGUGGGAGGACGCCAAUAAGGUCGAGUUGCCGCUUGGGAAGGGCACUGAGGUGAUGGUCAAGGUCAACACUGGUUGGGUUGAAGGGGUUGUUGAGGGGGUUGAGCGGGAUGAUGACAAGGGAGAAUGGCUCUACGAAUGCGACGUGGUUGGUACCAUAAAGGCCGCCUCAGACAAGGUCAAAGAGGCCAAGUCUCCACACAAGGUCAAGGUCGAAAAGAGUAUCAAAAAGCGCUACCGGAAGCAUCAUGCUCCGUCUUCCUCAGAUACCUCAGGAUCGGGCAAUCCUAGCAUUCCCAAGAAGCGGCCUCAUUCGGCGACUGUCCAAGAUGGCAGCACAUCAAAUGAACCACCAAAUUCGAAAGCGGUGAAGAAGCAGGAUGUGCACCAGAUCAACAGCAACGCUCAGAUUCCUGGACCGAAAUACUCAAAAGGUGAACGUGUCUUUCUCAAAUUUCCUCGAGAGUGGGGUGAGCGCCGCACGUGCGGCUUCCACAUUGGCCGUAACAGGUGGGAUGCAAUCGAGCAAUCAUGGCUCUACGACUUCGUAUGGUGCGGCGAGGAAGGAAUCUCAUUCUCGGUCGUCGAGGAUCGAGUUCUGAGACCGAAGUUCAAGGCGGGAGACCGUAUCAAGCGGGAGCUUGGGAGUGGUGUCGAGGUAGACAUUGUGGUCACACAAGUUACAUUUGACGGAGAGCAAAUCAAGUACAGAGUCUUGAUGACUGGAUCGCUCUUGGCCAGCGAGAUCCAGAGUGCACAUGGCGAUGUGUCGCGGGAGCAAGGGUAUCCUGAAGUCGUCAUUGACGGGGACAAUGUCACUGUCAAGUCCAUAUGCGUGACGUCUUCCUCGAUCUCGAUGGGCGGGAUGAUCCGGAGUGCUAUUGGUGGAAUGGGAGGCGUUCUGAACGGGGUGCCUAAAUUUGCUGUUGAUAAGGACAAGGUCAAUUUCAAGGCAUCGCUCAUUCUCAAGGACCUUUAG